GUUAACCAUCUUAACAAAACUAAAAUGCACCUUCUGUCAACAAUUUACUAUUUUGAUCCGCAGAAAUCAAAGUUCUCUUUUAUGGCAAAAUUUUUCUGGGUUUUCGUUUUCCUCUCCACCCCAGUGUUCUCCCAGGUAAACCAGCUCUACUUUGAUGGAUUUAAGGGUGCAGGUAGCAAUAUGAGUCUGAAUGGUGCUGCAGAGGUUGAAGACAAUGGCGUAAUUCGACUAACAAAUGACACUUUUCGCUUAAUUGGUCAUGCUUUCUACUCCUCUCCCAUCAAAUUCAAGAGCUCCACCGAUGGCAAAGCUUUCUCCUUUUCCACAGCUUUUGCUUUCGCCAUGGUUCCUCAGUACCCGCAGCUCGGUGGUCACGGUCUUGCUUUCACCAUCUCUCCUUCCAAAGAGCUCGCAGGCGCUCUUCCCAGCCAGUACCUCGGCCUUCUCAAUGCAAGCGAUAAUGGGAAUUUCUCUAAUCAUGUUUUUGCAGUCGAGUUUGAUACUGUCCAAGAUUUUGAGUUCGGGGACAUCAAUGAUAACCAUGUGGGGAUUGAUCUCAAUAGCUUGACAUCCAAUGUUUCUACUGCUGCGGCUUAUUUACUCGAAAAUUCAACGAGGGAAUUGCUGAAUUUGAAAGGUGGAAAGGUGAUUCAAGCCUGGAUUGACUAUGAUUCUGUAAAAAGUCAAUUGGAUGUAAAGCUUUCUCCUUUCUCCGAGAAACCUAAGUUUUCUCUGAUAUCCCUUGAGGUAGAUCUCUCCCCAUUUCUCUUGGAUACUAUGUAUGUGGGGUUUUCUGCUUCCACGGGUUUGCUUGCUGGUUCUCACUAUCUCCUGGGUUGGAGUUUCAACAUGAGUGGUGAAGCCAAGUCUCUGUUUCUGCCUGCUCUGCCUUCUCUUCCUGGACCCAGAAAGAACCAGACUCUGUUAGUUGUUCUUGUUACUGCUUCAUCUGCCCUUGUGAUGAUUUUCGCCAUUGCCGUAUCAAUUUACCUCAUCAGGAAGAUUAAAGACGCGGACAAAAUUGAAGCUUGGGAACUGGAUGUUGGUCCUCACAGAUUCUCUUACCAGGAACUCAAGAAAGCGACGAAGGGUUUCAGAGACAAAGAGAUUCUUGGGUUUGGUGGAUUUGGGAGAGUUUAUAAAGGAAUUUUACCGAAUACAAAUACCGAAGUUGCUGUCAAGCGGAUUUCGCAUGGAUCGAAACAGGGCAUGAGGGAAUUUGUGUCGGAGAUUGGGAGCAUCGGUCGGCUUCGUCACCGGAAUCUUGUUCAGCUUCUGGGAUGGUGUCGGCGGCGAGGGGAUCUGUUGCUUGUUUAUGAUUUUAUGCCUAAUGGGAGCUUGGACAAGCGCCUGUUUGACGAACCCAAAAGUGUUCUGAGUUGGGAACAGAGGUUCAAGGUCAUCAAAGACGUGGCUUCAGGGCUUCUGUAUCUUCACGAAGAAUGGGAACAGACGGUGAUUCAUAGGGACAUCAAGGCUGGAAAUGUGUUGCUGGAUUCUGAACUAAAUGGGCGACUUGGUGACUUUGGUCUUGCCAAGUUGUACGAGCAUGGCGCGACCCCUAGCACCACCAGAGUGGUGGGCACAUUGGGGUACUUGGCACCGGAGCUUACACGGACCGGCAAGCCUACAAGGAGCUCAGACGUGUUUGCAUUUGGUGCACUUUUGCUUGAAGUUGUUUGUGGGAGGAGACCUAUUGAGCCCAAGGCAUUGCCAGAGGAGCUCAUUCUGUUGGACUGGGUGUGGGAGAUGUGGCAGAGCGGUGCGGUUCUUGAUAUGGUGGACCGUAAAUUGAACGGCCAAUUCGAUGAGCUUGAGGCUGUUGUGGUGGUAAAACUAGGGUUAAUGUGCUCAAACAAUGCGCCAGAAGCAAGGCCAACCAUGAGGCAGGUAGUGAGGUACUUGGAAGGAGAGCUGAGAUUGCCUGAAACAAUAGAGGCACCUGAUGGAUACGAAGGGAAGGGUAGUGCUAGCUGCGGCACUGGCUUUGAAGAUUUUCUGCAUUCUUAUCCAAUUUCAUCAUUUAUGGAGAAGGUGAGCAUGGUAUCAUCUGCCGGAGAUGGUGAGGAUGUUGAUAUUGAAGCAGGUGCAACAUCACCUCUCUCACAUUCAGUUUCUGAUAGAGGUUGAUGAAAGGUGGCCAUGGCACCUGAAUUUUUCGAGUUUGUUGGAAUUUUUCUGUUACAUGGUAAUGGUUAGUUUAAUCACAUUGUAAGUAAGUAGAAAGUAGAAAGAUGUCCAUGUUUCAUUGUGUAGCAUGUAAAUUUUCAGGAAAAAUUGCUGUUUCAUUCACUAGUGCAGAGGGAAAUGCAGAAGUGAUCAAAUUUUCCAGAUUGCCACAAAUGAGUAUAUAGAACGUACCUUACCCAAAGAAACGAACUAUAAUUAA